AUGGGUUCUCCUUUGCCUCCAUACUUCACCAGCUUGUACCGCCUAUGUCUCCGGGCGACGUCAGCUGCCGUUCUCCAUCAUCAUGCUGCUACCAAGUCUCUCAGGAAGAUACUGAAGCCAUCGUUUCGUGAGGCAGCGAAAGUACUGCAUGGAAUACACAAGGGACGCCUCAGCGACUCUUCUGUCGAAGCUAAGAAGAAAUGGCUAGAGGAAUGGAACGAACGUGCGGAUAAUACGCUUUCUCUACUGCAUAACUCCGCCGCGUCUCGUGGGUUGGCCCACAAACUGACCAGAAACCUUGCGUCUCUUCAAUCGUACCACGAGCAGUGGGCUCAAAGACGAUACCACAAGCCUGGGAGGGAGUGGGACCCGUCUCUACCUCCUCACGAUCCGAGAUACCAUGACCCGACGACUGCCGUCAACUAUGGUCUAUCCAAGUCGUCGGCUAAGCGGGAACAGCAGAAACACCAGCAAGGAAUUAACGACGCUGCAUGGGGUGCCUUGGGCGAAGUGGUAAGGCUGUCGGAAGGCAGAGACAAGAUGUGGCUCGGAAGAGUCAGUUACCGCCGCAGGAAGGCGUAGAU